UCAGUGUCACUCAUCGAUUGCUGUCAGUGUAUCCAGAAAAAAAACUCGGUGCCGUAGAAGAAAGAUUCGACGUGCAAAUUGCUUAAAACAGGCAGAAUUUGCACAAAAAAUUUGCAAAUAACAAUAAUUACCGCCAGCCGGUUGCAUUUAUAUGGAAAAGCUAGUUAAAGUAGCUUGAAAAGCACAUAUUGUGCAAGGGAAAUCAAGUGUAAACGACGUCUGUUGUGGGGCAGGAGGUGGAACACGAUUUCAAGGAGGGCACCACGAAAGGAAAGCAAACGAAAAAAACUCAACGAGAAACGUAUUAAAAAGCAAUUACAAAUAAAAGAUACGCCUUAAAACAAUAAGGAAACUCAUCAACUGACUAAUCGACCAAUCUACCAGCCAACCAAACGACCGAACGAGGGUACAACGUAGCUGAUAAAAUAAGAACAAACAGCAACGGCCACCGCAAUAACAAUCGCUGAAGCAGCAAACGCGCCCUGCACACACGCGCUCCAAUGUCAAGCGGCCAAGUAAAUGUCGCUGGCGACAGCAAUGGAGCAGGCGGGGGCAGUGGUGGCGGUGGUGGAGGGGCAAACACAGCAGCACAAGCGGCGCCACAGCUGCAACAGCAACAAUCACAACAACAUCAACAGCAACCGCCACCACAAAUCAUGGGCGCUUCAACGACAACCGUCGUCACAGAUACAGUCAAUAUGGCAGCCGAUUCGUCACCGCGUGAGUCAGGCGAUGACUCGGAGGAUGAAAGUGAAAUCCUUGAAGAAUCACCAUGUGGGAGAUGGUUGAAAAGACGCGAAGAAGUAGAUCAGCGUGAUGUGCCCGGUAUCGAUUGUGUUCAUCUGGCUAUGGACACCGAAGAGGGUGUUGAAGUUGUUUGGAAUGAGGUGCAAUAUGCCAAUUUGCAGGAGCUUAAGUCGCAAGAGGAAAAAAUGCGGCAAGUUUUUGAUAAUCUAAUGCAAUUAGAUCAUCAGAACAUAGUCAAGUUCCAUCGCUAUUGGACAGAUACACAAAAUGCAGAACGGCCACGAGUCAUAUUCAUUACGGAAUACAUGUCGUCGGGGUCAUUGAAACAGUUCCUCAAACGCACUAAACGCAAUGCCAAACGGUUACCAUUGGAGGCGUGGCGCCGCUGGUGUACACAGAUUCUGUCCGCGCUCAGCUACUUGCAUUCCUGCAUACCGCCCGUAAUUCACGGCAACCUCACCUGUGAUAGCAUUUUCAUCCAGCAUAAUGGUCUGGUGAAAAUCGGUGCCGUUGUGCCCGAUGCGGUACACUACAAUAUGCGGCUGCAUCAUCGCAGUGAUCAAAGCGAGACGCAUCACUUUAUGGCACCAGAAUAUGGUGCUGCUGAGCAGUUGACUGCCGCCGUAGACAUUUAUGCCUUCGGCAUGUGCGCCCUGGAAAUGGCUGCAUUGGAAAUUCAGCCAAGUGGCAGUGAAACGACAACCAUCAAUGAGGAGACAAUAUUGCGCACCAUCAAUAGCCUGGAGCAUGAUUUGCAGCGCGAUUUGAUAUUCAAAUGCUUGCGGCGAAAUCCUGCCGAGCGGCCAAGCGCCAACGAUUUGCUCUUUCACCCUUUACUUUUCGAGGUGCACUCACUAAAGCUUCUGGCCGCUCACUGUCUAGUGUUUGCGCCCAAGAAUCGGACAAUGUUUUCGGAGACUCUGAUAGACGGCAUGAUGCAGCGCUAUAACCGGCCUGAAGUGAUCAUGGCCCGUGUGUCAUGUGGCGAGGAGGAGAAGAACUAUCGUCUUGCAGACGUGCCUUCAGCAGAUAAGUUGGAGAAAUUCGUAGAGGACGUCAAAUUUGGUGUAUAUCCGUUGACUGCGCUUGGCGGCAAGAAGCCACCACAUUUUCGCUCACGUGCCGCAUCACCAGAACGCGCCGAUUCAGUUAAGUCGGCCACACCGGAGCCAGUCGAUAUCGAGUCACGACGCAUUGUCAAUAUGAUGUGCAGUGUUAAGAAGUUGAAAGAGGACAGCAGCGAUAUUGCAAUGACGAUAUUGCUACGCAUGGAUGACAAGAUGAACAGGCAAUUGACAUGUCAGGUGACGGAAGCCGACUCGGCCUCUGAUCUAACCAACGAAUUGGUGCGCCUGGGCUUCGUGCAUAUUGAUGACCAGGAUAAAAUACAAGCGUUGUUGGAGGAAACGUUGCGGGGCAGCUUUGCAGUGAAUAGCGGCGGGGUCUGUCCCUUCGAACAGGGUGCGCAAGCGCUAACUUUUAGUGCCACAAUCAACGAGCAUAUGCCGGGCGGUGUCGGUGUGAGUAUUGUUGGGAAUAGUGCUGGUGCCGCCAACGCCAACGGCAACUUUGGUGCAAUCGGCAUGGGCAGUGGAGGUGGUGCUGCUGGCAUUUACAAUGCAGAAGGUGCCAACGUGCAUGGCAAUAUUGCCGUAAAGCCGGCAACGACAGCGACUUUGGCAGCACUCAACCAGAUGGAACGCAAUUGGUCUGUGGCUGAUACAGACCCCAAUGCUGGAUUGGCGAAUGCGAAUUUGCAAGCAGCAAGUGUGGGUGCAGAAAUGGCUCUUGCAAUGUACCAAAUGCAACAACGGCACCAGCAACAACUGCAUGAGCAGCAGCAGCCGCAGCCGCAGCAACAUCAGCUACAGUCACAGCUGUCACCGCAGUUGCACUUGCAAAUGCAAAUGCCCGUUCCGCAACAGCAGCCGCAGGUGCUAACCACAUCGCCGCCCCCAGCUGGCGCACUGCCGCCAUUUUCAGCGCAAGCAACUCAACAAAUAAUGCAUGAGCAGUCUUUGGAUCAGCAAAUCGAGGGGGCGGCAGUGCCCUUAACUGCCACGGUGAAUAGCAUAAAUGCACCUCAACAACACUAUGCAAACGCUCAGCAGCAAAUAAUGCACUCUUCCAAUCCAACAACAGCAACUGCAACUGUGACUGCAGCUAUGCCAGCACCUUUACCAACUGUAACCGCCACAAACGCCUCGACCUCCUCAGCCGCCUCCUCCACUAUCAAUUAAUAUUUUUUUAAAUAUUUAAAUACACUACAUUGAUAUUCAAGAAACUGAAGUAGCAGAAGAAGAAAUAGAAUUAUGGAAAAAGAUGGAGAAAUUUAUAUUUUUAAAUUGCAAAAUAGAGCAUGGGAGCCACACAGCACAGGUGGUGCUUCGCGAGUUCGUAUCAUCAAGUCAGACAAUGUAAUGUAAUGUUUUUUUUUUGUUUUUGAUUAUUAUUCAUUACGAGUAUAAUGAUUACGAAUAUUUUUUAUAUAGUCACUAAAGAAAAAUAAAGUUUUUAAUUAAAUUUGGAAACAAAACAAAAGAUAAAAUAAAAACUCAAAAACUAAAAUUUAAAAAUGCUUAAUUGAUAAGCUAAAAGCAAAGACAAACGAGUUAAAAGUGCAGAAUGUGCAAAACAAAUUAAAAUUGUAAUAGAAUUUAGUUAUAAAUUGUAUAAGAAGGCUUCCAGCAGAUAUGGCGCAUGCGCAUCAACGGGUUAAGUUGAUAUUCCAACACUGGUUGUUAAAAAAACAAACAAUUCAAUUCAAAUUUUGUAAGCUGUGCUUAACAGCAUCUGCGACGCAUAGCAGGAGUACGUGCGGAACAAAUAUAAAUGGCAUCAUUAUGGAGAGACUUUAAUUUGUAGCCAAUAUUGUUGUUAUACGCAGCGUAGCGCCAUCCACAAUGCCAUUGCAAAUUGAUAUGUGAUUGUUUUGGUUGCUGCUUGCUGGACACGGGCGCGACAGCUCUGAAAUGUCAUGCGUACGAGCACUAACUGAAUGAAAGCCAGACAUACGCAUAUGAAUCAUCUAGGAAAAGCUUAAUAAAUGUAUUUAUGGUAUUUGAAAUUUUAAAUACACUGCAAAAAAAGAAACAGCAAACAGCAAGAACAACAAUAAUGUACUACAUACAUACAUACAUACAUAUGUACAUUUAAAGAAUCCUUGCAUGGAUACAACACACGCAUACUAAAUUUCAUACAUAUUUACAUACACACCCACACACAAUAAAGAAAAACCCUGUGCAUAAAACACGACAAAAAACUGUAAGUGUGUAUUAUAAUGCCCGCGCAAGGAAAAUUUAAUAAAUCAAUAAUAAUCAUAAUGAAAUGCUUCAUCCAUAAAUCAACAUUAUAAAAAAAAAAAACACAAAAUCAAGCAAAUAAACGAAUGCAAUUUUCAUUUAAUGAAAAUCUUUGCAUCAGAGAAAAGCA